AUGGUGCCCCCGGCUGGAUGGUUAUUUCUCCAGCCCACCCACCUGUUCACCCGCCAUCUCCCACCACAGUCACCCCUGAUCCCCGUACCUUCUCAUGCUCCCUACCAUCCCCGGGCUCCACCUGUCCACCCGCCAGUUAAACCGCCAUCCCACUACCCUCCUUCUUCGAGGAGCUUAAUAGCCGUUCAAGGUGUUGUUUAUUGCAAGUCCUGCAAAGACACCCUCUACGGCGCUAAACCCAUUUUUGGUGCCCAAGUGAAGCUCCUGUGCAAGAACACCAAGUACUCAGCAUCAGCGACUGCGACGACUGACAAGAACUGCUACUUCUUCAUCCAAGCACCCAAGACCAUCACGAGCUUCCCCUUCCACAAGUGCAAGGUCUAUUUAGUCUCAUCUUCAAUCUCCUCAUGCAGUCAGCCAUCUAAUCUCAACGGCGGAUUCACUGGCGCCUUCUUGAGGUGGGAGAAGCCUUCCUCAAUCAAGCUCCCGUUCAGCCUCUACUCGGUCGGACCUUUUGCGUUCGAGCCCAAGUGCAGAGCCCCAAGACCCAAGUGA